AUGGUGUUAAUUAAUGUAGCUUCACUAGUGUCUCUCUUAUUAUUUUUAGAUGUUACUUCUGCUUUAUAUUUCCACAUAGCAGAAGGAGAGAGAAAAUGUUUUAUAGAGGAGAUACCGGACGACACAACUGUAAUAGUAAAUUACAAAGUCGAGCUCUAUGAUCCAAGAUCAGGAGGUUUUAUGCCCUCGUCUCCUGGUAUCGGUAUGCACGUGGAAGUGCGAGACCCUAAUGAUCGAGUAGUGCUCUCUAGAGUAUACUCUUCUGAGGGUAUGAUCUCUUUCACUUCAACCACUCCCGGAGAACAUGUUAUUUGUAUGUACUCAAAUAGUACAUCUUGGUUCAGUGGAUCUCAACUAAGAGUUCACUUGGACAUUCAAGUUGGUGAACAUGCUGUGGAUUAUGCUAAUGUAGCACAAAAGGAUAAACUUACAGAAUUACAGCUAAGAAUCCGGCAAUUAUUAGACCAAGUGCACCAAAUUACAAAAGAACAAAGCUACCAGAGGCACCGUGAAGAGAGAUUCCGACAGACUUCAGAAAGCACAAAUCAAAGAGUGCUGUGGUGGAGUUUGCUUCAGACUGGAGUGCUUGUAGGAAUUGGAUAUUGGCAAAUGAGACAUCUGAAGAGUUUCUUUGAAGCUAAGAAAUUAGUC